GGACUUGUGGGGUUCAUUUCUUUCACCCCGCACUUUGUGAGAAAUAUUAAUUUUAAGCAAUCGGGACACAUUAAUUGUUCCUCACCUUUAUGUAAUACUUUAUGUUUUUGGCCUAACCGUUGACCUUAUCUUCUUGCCUGCUAUAUAAGCAAAAGCAACGAAGGCAGUGUAUCAUGAGCGAUUGCGUGAGAUCAAGUGAUAGGCUUAUUAGAGUUAUCUCUGAGCUAUAUUAUACUUAGGAAAUAGUGAAAACACGAAAUUGAAUGACAUUUCUGCACUCUUGUGUGAUAACUGACUAUUCCGAGACAUUUCUAGAAACAAGCGUAGCAGAUUGAUAGAUCAGCUCCACGGAAACCAAAUUAAAGAAACAGAGAAAGAAAACUCGCCAGAUUCAAGGAAGCAUUGUGAAAAUAACUAACCCGCCCACGCCUACAAACACACACUAUUAUUAUUAUGAAGCUAAGAUUACACUGCUCUCGGUGCCGCGCAAUCUACACCGGGCCGCUGGUUGCUCACCCCUGCCACCUCCUAGCGGUCAUCGCCGUCCUCUGUGCCUUCAACUCACGCACCACCCAUUCCAAGGUCAUCGGCCCCGCGGAGGCCCCACGCCGGACUCCCGAGUCCCCGUACAUGUCGGAGGAGCACCUGGAGGCGGUGGCGGACUUUAAGAGAAGGAUACUCAGGCACGUCAACCUGCAGGAGCAGAGCGGCGUCGCCGACCACCAGACCCCGCGACACAACGCAUCCAUCAUAAGAAACAUCCGGGACUUUAUGAGGAGUAUGCGCGGAAAUGACAGCUUCGAGGAUGUUAACCAGGAACCGAAAAAAUAUAUCUUUCCAAGUUCAGGUCAAAAAAAGAAAGAUAUUAACAAAAUGUUUUUGAAAUCUUUACCCAUGACAACUUUCCUGAAGUCAUUCAUCUUCCAUAGAACUGUCAAACAACCGGAUGAUGUCUAUCUUGAGCUAGUCAUGAAGUCGGCCUUGCUGCGCAUGCGCAUUCGAUUCCACAAGAAUCAGCUGCAACGUCAGGCGAAAAAGGCGGCAAAGACAUUCAAUGUGGGCGUUUACCUUUUACGGACAUCGCCUCCGGAGCGCGCGCAUCACGGUGAGGUCAUCCCGCUGGGCAGCGCGGACAUUCUGGUGGGUCAGAACUACAAGUCGGUAGAGAUCCCCCUUGACUACCAGAAGCUCUCUCACAUCUUCGACCUCGAGGAUAACACGUUGCAGCUUUCAUUGACCAUUGAAGAGGUCGUCAGGAACUAUAACGCUGCCGGUGUUAAAAGAUCAGGCUCCUCGGGGAAGAAGCGCGGGGGGAAGGCGGCGACUCCGAAAGUGCAGGUGUCGAAGGCGGUGAUCGAGAUCACCACCAUGACCAGGGACUUGAACAUCCGCAGAGACAAGCGGCAGGUGGAGUCUCAGCCUUGCGAGCAGAACAAAUGCUGCAGGCACAGCAUUAUCAUCAAUAUCAAAGACAUUGGUUGGGACAACCUUGGAAUACACCCACAGACCGUGGAGUUCUUCUACUGCAAGGGUAGCUGCCCUUACAGGUACAAACCCAAGAGUGACUUCUCGUCCAUCAAGUACCUUCUGCACAGCAAAAUACCGAAUGUCGUUCCGGCGCCCGUGUGCGCGCCAACAGGCUACGAGCCUUUGGAUCUGAUCUUGGAGAAGCACAACGAGAUCUGGCAUAUCCCGGACAUGCUGGUUACGGGUUGUAUGUGUUAUUGAGCCGUCACACACAAACACAAAAACAUUUACAAACAGACUUACGUUUACUGAUCUCAAUGGUAACAGCGUCUACAUAAAAGGCGAUCCUUCGCGAAGCGUGUGGUGGCCCUGAUCUGAAAGGCGCUCAGUGCUGGGAAUGGAACUUUCCCGAUUAUUAUUAGAAUACACACAAUGAUUAAAGAAAACGGGUGAAUGGCUCUACUCCAAGCUGAUACUGUGUUAGACAUUUGUAAUCUGAUAUAAGGCUUCAGAUCAGAUUUUUUUUUCAAAAUUGUAAUUUAAAUCUAUUUGUUUUAUGGCUAUUUUAUAAAAACAUAGAUUGGCUAAUUUGAUUCUAAAUGGGAGUUCUGAGUUCUCUCCAACAGAACGCGUAUCUACAGACUGCUGACCGUGAUAUAAGCCAUACUGCCAACACAACAGAAAGCAUUUAAAGUUAGUACCAUCUGUUCGUUUUUAAACGCAAUUGUGGAUUAGUUAAAAUGUCAUGCAUGGUAUAUAUAUUGAGGGGUUCUGGUUUUUUUUUUUUAUCAACUCAGGGCCGGAUUUAAGGGAGGACAGGCAUAGCUACAGCCCCGGGCUAUCCAUAAGAAAGGGGCCUCCGCGAAAGAGAUAAAAAUAUAUUCGAAUUUUGACUGGCCACAAACUUUGAAAUUAUUUUUUUUUAACAUAUUUUUUUGUUCGCAUUUUUUUACGGCUGUCAAAACAUGUCGUAAUGAAGAAGUGUAAGCUUGAAGCAUGUUCAGAAUCAGUCAAUACAGCCCCGCAUUUACGACAAUGCCUCAACCAAGAGCCUUAACCCUCCACAAACUCAAAAAUAGACACGUUUUAAAACUAAAAUCUGCAUAUUAAAUAUUUUCUAAAAUUAAAUUUAGAUUACAUAACAAAGAAACCAUUUCUUCUAAAAUAUAAAAAUAUAGCAUGCUAUUUUCGUUUUUAAAUGGAUCUUUUAUUUAAUCUAUCGAAAAAUGGUUGCAGCCUCCACAAAAAUCCGGCCCCUAGGCCUCCACAUACUUCCAUCCGGCCCUGUAACAACUGUAAGAAGGACUCAUUAAUAUCUAUGUGAAUAUUAGCCGUCAUUAUGAUAAACAAAUUACGUUUAACAGUAAAAAAAAAGUUAUUGUCAUUUGUCAAAAGAAAGAAAUAUAAAGAUGUUUAUUUUAUUAAUUUUUUUUUAACUCGGAGAACUCCAAGAAAAUAAUUUUUAUAAAACUUAAUUGGAAAGAAAUGUAUAACGUGCAUAGAGUAGGAAUAGUACAUAUUUGCAUAUUUAAAGUUGCAUAGCUAUUGUAAAGCUUUAUUAGACUUUAUGUUAAAGACCUAUGCAUUUUGAACUACAGACUGAAUCCACAUUGUUUAUCAAGAAAAAUUAAUAAGUCAUGAUUUGUUAUUGUUUCAAGUUCAAACAAUUAUAUAAAGCACCCCAUUGUGAUAGUGUUCUAUACCGUGGUCAUCAUUAAGGACCUUGCUUUAAUUGAACAAAUCAUUUGUAUACACUUGGAUUGGGGUGGUGGCUUCCCUUUCUCAUAUUGGCGGAGAUACAAAAAAAAACAACAAGAAAACUACAUCUCCAGAGCAAGGCUGGUUAAACCUUUCAUAUGACCCCCCCCACACACACACACACACAUACACAAUGUGUGUCCUUCAUAGAGAAAUACAUAAAUAAAGGCAAGACCAGUCAUUAAUAUAGGCCUCAACACUGACCUACGACGUCGCAACCUGUGGGCAGUGGAGACCAAUAGCUCGUUGAUCAUUAUUCAGGCCUAUGAAGAGGAGUGACAGACUGGACUACAAGAGAUAUCCUACAGUGUAAUAGAUCAUUCGUAUGUAUAUAUAUAUAUAUAUUACCUACUUUUUGUUGGAUGUACCUGUUUCCGAGAGAACCUUGAUAUAUGUGUGUGUGUCACUGUGUGUGUGUGUGUCUGAGAGCGUGUAUGACAUGUUCUUGCGUGUGGAUAUAACUGUGUUUGUCCGGGACAGAUGUUGCGAAUUCUGUGCUAUUCAAAUAAAUUCUGUUAUUGGCUGUACUUAUUUAUUUAAACAAACAAAACAAGUGAUAUGUCAUGCCAUUGUGAUGACGUAUUGUUGUUAUAUAUGACUCCAUGACAUUACAAGACGAGUAUUAUGUUAUUUUUUAAUUAUUAUUUUUAUAUUUGUGAAUAUUUUUUUACCCUUGUUCAAUUCAUUAAUAUUUAAGACUAUUUAUGAGUUUUUGUUGGUGUUGUUGUUUUUUUUCACUUUAAUUUAACAAAUGGAAAUCAACACAAGCCUGAGAACCCCUAUGGUUGUGAUUUUUUUCUCAACUUUAAUGCGUAAAAGUGAUUUUAUAUGAUUUCUCUCGAAGUUGCUGGAGAAAUCUGGCCACAUGAGCCGUCUGCUAAACCCAGUCAAUGUGGUAUUGUCGUUUGAGGCUCCCGUGUUCUUUCAAUUGUUUCAUUGAUUAGUAAAUUAUGUGUCACCUUUUGUUUACAUAAAAUUUAUUCUUAAAAUUCAAUCUCAAUUAUACAUAUAAAUAUACCUAUCUUAUCCUAUAUAUACCUAUCUUAUCCUAUAAAUUACAGACGUUACUUCAAAAAAGAAGAUAAUUACCUACGCAUUUCAUGUGGUGUCGAUCUAGUCGUGCAUGUUAAUCAAUGACUUAAACUCUUAGCUAUUGGUUUUCUUGGCUGAUUCAGGCAACCCAUUCCAUUCUCUAAUGGCACUAGGGGAAAAGGAGCACUUGUACGAGUUCGUUCUAGCAUAUGAAUUAAGAAAUGUGCCUCUAUCUUUGAGUCUUUCUGAGUAUUUUAUUAGGUUUUGUUUUUCUAUCUGUAAAUUCUGGUUUCGUGCUUUAUGUAUUACUGCUACUUUACUUUUAAUUCUUUUUCCUGUAGUGUCUCGAAACUCAUGGUGUUAUUCUAAUCAAAUGUGAAUAUUCGUUUGUUAUGAAUCUCACUGCUCUAUUUUGUAUCUGUUCCUGUGUCUGUUCCAGUUUCUUAAUGUUUUCUUGAGUUGAGGGGUCCCAAACAGAGGAUGCAUAUUCUAUUAUUGGCCUAAGGAUAAAUAGCAUUUUAUUUUUAUGCUUCUAUUUGAUUUGAUUUGUUAAAUUUUAAUUCAAUAAACUCUAAUGUUUUGCUUUUUUUUUUUUCAAUUUCAUCAAUAUGGAGAGUUCAUGAUAGCUUUUCAUUUCGACAAGAUAUUUUUAGUUUUUAGUCUGUGCAACUGGUUUACCAUGAAUAAAAUAAGUAGUUUUUAUUUGUUUUAGUUUUUUAAACUCUUAAUAACUGGCAAUUUUCUGGGUGAAAAGACAUGCUCCAAUUUGAUUUCUAUUUAUGUAACUCUUCUAAUUCUCUUUGUAAAAUUUCUGUAUCUUGUGUUGUUUUUAUUGUUCUAUAUAUUAUGCAAUGGUCGGCAAAUAAUCUGACUUUUGUUCCUGAACUAAUGCAAUUGGGUAGGUCAUUUAUGUAAAUUAGAAACAGUAGUGGACUUAAGACUGUUCAUUGAGGUACACCUGAGUUUACUGUUAUUGGUGUUGAUUUAGAGCCAUUUAUUAUCACAGUUUAUUCUCUCCAUUUUAGGAAAUCAUGAGUCUAUUGAUGUAACGAACUAUUAAUGCCAAAGUAUUUUAGUUUUUUAAACAGGCUAUGGUCGUGAGCGUUGUCAAAUGUCUAAGAAAAGUCUAAUAAAAUUGCAUCUAUUGGCUCACUAUUAUUUAAUCCCUUGGGAAAAAAAUCAUCAAUUAAUCCUAUUAGUUGAGUUUCACCUGACGUAUACUUCCUGAAGCCAUGUUGGUAUGGAGUGAGGACAUUAUGUUAAUCUAUGUGAUUUAUGAUGUUGCUACAUAUUAUGUGUUCUGGUAUUAUAAACACUGUAUACAGGAUUAGAUUUUUUUAACGUUUAUGUCUUUCAAUUAAUAUCAAAAUUUCGUCCGUUUUUUUUUCUCUCAUAAAAAGCUUUUUGUAAAUACCACUAAACCUGAUAUCAUUCAGUAGCAUGAAAUCAUACUGAAAACAAAUGAAUGCUAGCUAUUGUGAUAUUCAGAACAAGCGCAGACUUUAAUUGAUUGAACUGGUAAUUGAUUAAGCGAAGUCUGAAAAAAGUAUUUUGAACACUGGUGCUAGUUCGUGGCUUAGUUCUUUGAGCAAUCCAGCUGGAAUACAAUCAGGUCCAGAAGCUUUACUUGGUUUUAUGCCAGCUAAUAGUUUUAGGAUUCCUUUCUCUUGUAUAUUUAUAUAUCCUAUGUUUUAUACUUGGUUUAAAUUUAUUAAUUUGAUUUUGUCACCUGGGGCUGAGAAUGCUGAUGCAAAAUAUUUAUUCAGAAUGUUAGCUUUAAUUUCAGUAUCAUUAAGUGUUAAGUUAACCACUUUUAAAUGGGGAUAUUCCUGUUGUUUCCAUAUUCUUAUAUAUCAUGUAUGACCAUACCUUUUUAUUGUUAUAUUCUGAUAUUGCUUUAUUUAUGUAUUCACUCAGCGAUCUGCUUCUAACUUUUUGAGUAAGGUGUUUAGUAUUUAGGUACUUUUUGUGGACUCUUUCUAACUUAGUUUCUUUGCAUUUUUUUUAUUUUUAAAAAGGUUUUCUACUUUAAAAGUUUCUUUAAUUUGUGUUUAAACCAGUAUUUAUUUAUUUUAGUUGACGAACAUCUAGUUGGUACUGAAUUUUCUGUAAUGUUUUUAAGAUGGCUUUUAAUAGAGUUCCAGAGCUCAUCAACAGGUUGAUUUAUGUCUUUUUCUGAUAGUAAUGAUUUUUGAAAGUUAAAUGUGUUCAGGGUAUAAGUUCUCAGUUUGGUUUUAGAUUGGUAACUGCUUCUAAUAGCCUAUUUAUUUUAAUGAUAUAUGGUCAGAUAGUAAAGGGAUAAUAUAAUAAUCUACCACUAAUCCAGGUAUGUUGGUUGGCUUCUCAUUUUCUAAUAAGAUUUCUAAGUCAGAUUAUUUGUUCUUGAUACUUUGAAAGUUUAUUACUAGGUUUUGAGGUACUUUGGUAUUGCUGCUUUAGUGGGUUUAUUUAAUGAGGGUGUUUUAGUGGGUUUAUUUAAUGAGGGUGUUUUAGUGGGUUUAUUUAAUGAGGGUGUUUUAGUGGGUUUAUUUAAUGAGGGUGUUUUAGUGGGUUUAUUUAAUGAGUGUGUUUUAGUGGGUUUAUUUAAUGAGGGUGUUUUAGUGGGUUCAACAGGAGUGGCUCUGGCUAGCAGUUGGUGAAUUUGAUUUGAGAUAUUGUAUGGUUUAGAAGUGCCAGCAUCAAAAGAAUCAAACAGCCCUGGUGUAGAUUGAGGUAACCCACACGGUACACAGUGCCACGACUUUUGUAGCCUUAUGCAUAAUACACAGGUGUAUUCAUAUGGAGACACUAUGCGUGGUACAUUAGCCAAGCCAAGCCAAGUUCAAGCGCACUUGGCCUCACGACCACGCUUAUUGAUUAUAUCUAUCUAAAUCUACAUCUGCUUGAUCUGCUAAUAAUACUUUAAUAAUAAUAAAAUAUUCACGUGUAGAUACAAUCAGAGUAGUCCUAAGCCAAAAGUGCUAAAAUUAUAUUGAUUAAUGAAAAUAAUGCUGAAAUUGAGUUCUGUAUAUAAUUUAUGGUUGAGAAGCCAAGUGGAAAGGAGAAAACAAACUGCCUCAUUGUCUCCCUUGUACUUACCCUUGGCUCCCACUACCUACUCCCUUUGGUCCUCCUCCACUCCGUGCCCCCUCUUGCCAUGGCAGUGUCUGUCUCACUCUAUUUCACGCCCCUCAACGUUUGCCCCCCCCCCAUUUUUUUUCCAUUCCCCUUCAACCAUUCAUAGUUUUUUUUGGCGAAACCUCUCUCUCUUUCUCUCUCUCUCUCUCUCUCUAUACAUCUCUGAUAAUACGCCAUGUCACUCAAGCAGAUGUCAUUCCAACAGUGCAAUAUAAAUAUAUAUAUAUAUAUAUAUAUAUAUAUAUAUAUAUAUAUAUAUAUAUAUAUAUAUAUACCUAUACCUAUAUAUAUAUAUAAAUACCAUAUACGAUAUAUAUUUACUAAAUACUUAUAUGUGUAUAUAGUUAGAUUUUAGGUAUUUUAACAAAGUAACAAAAAAAUACAUAGGUCUGUACUUGAUACAUUUUUUUAAAAUAUAUAUAUAUAUUUAUGGGUCUAACGGGUUUUUCUAUCUGAAUACAAAAUUAGGGAAAAUACGAUACAAAUUGUAAUGAACAAUGUUCUUGGUUUCGUGCAAGAAAAGAAAAAGUUUAGGCCACUUUCCUUCUUGACAGUGUAUCUUAUUGUCAUGUCAUGAGCGGACUCAACAAGCGAGGUAGUAGAAUUGGUUUUGAAUAAAAACAAAAUUUUCUGAUGACCAGUCGAGAUACUUCUUAUAUAUGUACAAACUGUAUUGGUGAUUUGCACGAUAAACGAAACAAUGUCAUUGACGCUAAAAUUGACCCUCACUGUUGCCAACUAGAUACAAAAGAAUUCGGCCCUAACUUUAACAUGAUAUCAAUGCACGACAGUUGAUCAUCGUAUCAAAUCUCCUCUGUUACCGAUAGAUAGUCGCCCAUUAGUUUUAAAACACUGCUAAAGUCCUAGAGUCAAAGUCUAAUGCUUCCUUGAAAUUAGUUUGUGCUACAAACAGAAGCGCUUAGAAAAUGUCAUUAUGCAGUGCUAAAAAGUUCACCUAGACUUUUUAAAAAAGGCCUAGCUUAUCAACACUUUCUUUCAUUGUGUACACCGGAGACACCAAAUAAGCUAGCUAUUUAUAGUUUGUUACUGCCAUGUACGACUUCGUUGUCUCUAAAGUUGGCAUCACAUGCCGAUAUUCUUUGCAAUAGUGCAAUGUGUUACUCCUUGGCUGGGAUUGGGAGGAAGUAGAUUUCAUGUUGAGAACAUGUCACCCAGUGGAACCAGCUAGCCGACCAUAUAUAUAUAUAUAAUAAUUUUUUUUUGGUAUUUUUCUGAAUGUUCAUUUAUACUCUGUAUGUGUGUGUGUUUGUAUGUGUGAGUGUAUAUGCGUAAAUGCGAUUAUAUAUAUAUAUAUAUAUAUGUAUAUAUAUGUGUGUGUGUGUACGUGUGAGUUUAUACAUGUUUGUGUGAGUGUGGUGUGUGUGUGUAUGUGUGCGUGUGUGCUUACAUUCUCACUCUGGUAAAAUCCUUCUCGUUGAUUCCCAUGUGAUUGUCUUCAAAGACUUGUCUGCCUACUUCAGUCCCUAUGUUGAUGUACAGAUUCCAUGAUCUUGUUUUGUUUUUUUUUUGAUGAUCUGAGUAUCAAUGUUGUAAUCAUGUUGGCAUUAAAAGACAUUUAUAUUGGA